AAAAGAAGAAGAACCUACUUUAUAGUUUACGGUGAACUUUGACCCAAAGUUUUUACUCCAGCUGAAACCCCUGCUUGUUGGUGGAAAUUAGGUAACGAUACGAUGUCCAACGAAGCCAAGCCGUGUCCCUGUGAUAUCGGUGAUCGGAUGGAGUAUGGGGGGCUCGGCCAGGAGGUCCAGAUAGAGCACCUCAGAGCUUAUGUGGUGAAACCAUCCGCUCCAUCUGACAAGGCCGUCAUUGUCAUACACGACAUCUAUGGCUGGGAACUUCCUAACACGAGAUACAUGGCUGAUAUGCUCGCCGAUAGUGGAUACAUUACUGUUCUGCCAGACUUCUUUGUUGGAAAGGAACCAUGGACUCAAUCACAUGACUGGGCCAUUUUAGAGGAGUGGCUGAAAGAGAGAAGCCCAACAAACACUAGCAAAGAGGUGGAUGCAGUGCUACGUUUCCUGAAGGAGCAGUGCGGUGCCAGACGCUUUGGAGUCGUGGGCUUCUGCUGGGGAGGAAUAGCCACACAUUACCUUUCCCUCAAUUAUGCAGAGAUCAAAGUCGGAGUGUCACUUUAUGGAAUCAUCCGUGACAGAGAGGACAGGUAUGGAUUAAAGUUUCCUACGCUGUUCAUCUUUGCUGGGAAUGACUUCUAUAUCCCACUGGACCAGGUAAAUGUCUUGGAAGCGAGGCUGAAGGAAAAAUGCACAACUGACCAUCAUGUGAAGAUCUUCCCUGGUCAGACUCAUGGGUUUGUCCACCGAAAAAAUGAAGACAUGAACCCUGAGGACAAACCCAGCAUCCUGGAGGCCAGGGCAGACUUGCUCAACUGGCUCAAAAAGUACAUAUAAAGAUAGUCAGGCAUAUGUAUCAUGAGUCACACAUAAUGCUUAAGACACCAGCUGUAUUUUUAAUGUGUCUGACAAACUCAGAAAGGUCAAAUAAGAAAUGGUAAAAGCUGCCUUGUUUAUGAUGCAAAGGGUUCUGUGAUUCUUGUGAACAAUUCAAGAUAUUGGGUGCUACUUAAAUUGUCCCGUCAAUGUUUAUUAUUUUUGCCGGAAAUGGGAUUUUUAAAAAUGAAACUGAAUUGUAAAAUUUGAUUGUUAAGCCACUCUGUAGGAAUUUUGCUAAAUCAUUAGGGAUGAAGUCUGCAAUUUUUUUUCAUCUUGAGGAUUGACUGUACAUUCGUCAUGAAAUGCACAAAUGUAGACCAAGUGUAAUCAGCUUCUGUAUUUUGGGCUUCAAAUAAAAACAGAAAUGUCUACAGACCAA